AUGCUGCCCUCGUUUCAAGCGCUUGGAGACGUAAUCAACCCAGAACAGGAGAGAUUUCUAAGCAUCGUGGUAAUCUUCCAUGUUCUUGAGAGGUUGGUUGUCGUUGCGAGGCAUUCCAUCGCUCGUUCCAAUGCAUCGCGGAUCGUAACCCAAGACGGUGAAUCCUGCCGCAUUCAUAUAUUGACCGGCUUCGAAAAUGAUCAUAUCCUUCGUGAGAUUGAAUCCCGGAGUCAUGAUAAUAGCAGGACCUCUGAGAGAUGCUCAAGUGACCAGGAUGUCGUCCCUCAACCUCGUCGUGAGACUCAAGUCCCAAUUGCAAUCAUUGGUAUGGGAUGUCGACUUCCUGGACAUAGCACAUCCCCUACCGCACUAUGGGAGCUCCUCGAACGAGGCGGCGUGGCGAAGAAUGAACCACCAUCAUCAAGAUUCUCGCUGGCUGGCCACUACGACAGUGCCAAUCCUGGUCGUCCCCGGACGAUGAAGUCGCCUGGAGGCAUGUUCAUCGAAGACGUGGAUCCAGCCUUGUUCGAUGGCCAGUUCUUCAACAUCAGUCGAACAGAGUGCAUUGCUAUGGACCCACAGCAACGUCAAAUACUCGAAGUAGCUUAUGAAUGCCUUGAAAACAGUGGUAUUCCGAUUGAGACUCUCAGUGGCACGAACACCGGUGUCAUUGUGGGAACCAACUUCAUAGAUUAUGGUAACAUCCAAGCUCGGGAUCCAGAGAACCGAGCCGAAUCAAUCAUGAUCGGCUUGUCACCAGCUCUUCUCAGCAAUCGCGUCAGCCACUUUCUGAAUGUACAUGGUCCAAGUAUGACUGUGGACACAGCAUGCUCAGCGGGACUUGUAUCCCUAGAUGUCGCCUGCCGAUACCUGGACAGCUUUCAGACAGACUCUGUCUUGGUUGGAGGCGCGAACUUAUGGCUCAGUCCGGAGCACAACGAAGAAAUCGGCAUGAUGCACGUCACGCAAUCUGGUUCGGGAAGAUCAAAGAGCUUCGACGCUUCUGCAGACGGAUAUGUCAAAGCUGAAGGUGUCAAUUGCUUCUUCUUGAAGAGACUCAAUGAUGCAGUACGGAAUAACGAUCCCAUUCGUGCUAUCAUUCGAGGUACUGCAGUCAAUGCAUCCGGACGAACAAACGGCAUUGCCAAUCCUAGCUCAGAUGCACAAGCUAUGGUAACAAGGCAAGCUCUGAAGAAUGCAGGUAUCAAGGAAGAGGAGUUUUCGAAGACAAGAUACCUCGAGGCUCACGGCACAGGUACUCUUGCUGGAGACCCGAUCGAAGCCAGAGGUGCUGCAUCAGUAUUUGGCAAAAGCCUCAAUCCUAACCAGGAGCUUAUCAUCGGCUCAAUCAAAAGUAACAUCGGCCAUUCUGAGCCUACGGCCGGUCUUUCUGGCUUGUUGAAAGCCGCCAUGGCCGUCGAGAAGGGCAUCAUUCCGGGUACACCAACAUUCUUCGCACCAAAUCCGAACAUCGACUGGAAGGGUCUCCGCCUCAAAGCCAGCCGUAUGUCGUUGCCUUGGCCCAAGGUAGAUGCAGAUAACAUCCGACGAGCGGGUGUUAACUCGUUCGGGUAUGGAGGUGCCAACGCCCAUGCUGUGGUCGAGAACGAUGCUCGAGGACUCUCUCGACAUAUCUCUUCGUACAAGCAAGUGACAAGCAACUUUUUCGAUGACGAUGAUGAAGACGAAAAUAAUUCCAACGCGGAUAACAGCGAAGGAGGUAUCCCAAAGCUGCUCUUCUUCUCGGCCAACGACCAGCCGUCCCUGGAUGAAUAUGUCAAGAAGCUCAGCUCACAUAUCCAGAACCCUCUAGUUUCGCUUGAGCUGGACGAUCUAACUUUCACUCUUUCCGAACGACGAAGCAGACAUUACCAAGGUGCUGUGUCCAUCGUGCGCUCGAAUCCACAAUACAUCAACAAAGAAACUUUGAUUCGCGGCAAGCGUAUGUCGACGGCACCGAAAGUAGGGUUUGUUUUCACAGGCCAGGGCGCCCAGUGGCCCACCAUGGGCGCCGAGUUGUUGAGAGACUUCCCAUUAGCUCGCAGAACUGUCGAGCACCUCGAUACUGUUCUGCAAAGCCUAUCAGAACCACCGAAGUGGUCGCUGGUAGAGGAGCUAACAGCCACACGAAGUGUGGAAGCGCUUCGUCUGCCUGAGUUCUCGCAGCCUCUGGUGACUGCGUUGCAGAUCGCGCUGCUUCGUAUCCUGGAAGACUGGGGAAUCAUGCCCGUCGCGGUAGUUGGUCACUCGUCUGGAGAAAUCGCUGCCGCCCAUGCUGCCAAUCUCUUGAGCGCUGCCGAUGCAAUUAAGGUCGCAUACUAUCGAGGGCAGUCCUCAAAGAAAUCGCCUUCAAGCGAUCGCGUGGGUAUGCUCGCCAUUGGAAUUGACGAAACCACCCUCGCAGGAUACCUGGAAGCCAAACCUAGCAAGAUUCAAAUUGCCUGCUACAAUAGCCCCAAUAGCUUGACCCUCUCAGGACUCACAUCAGAGCUCGAGGAGUUACGCGAUCGGAUCCAAGCCGAUGGCCAUUUUGCGAGACUGUUGCUGGUAGAUCUCGCAUACCAUUCAAACUUCAUGGCUGAGAUUGGUGAGGUCUACGAGGACAUGCUUCACAAAGAUGGUCUGUUCGACCAAGCUCGGCAGCCGACCGCGAGCACGUCGGUCGCCAUGUUCAGCUCGGUGACAUCGGCUGUUGUCGACCCACAACAUAAUCUGGACGCAGCUUAUUGGAAGCAGAACAUGGUCUCGCCAGUCCGGUUUGCGUCCGCCACCGCGGAACUGUUAAAGCAAAGCAAUGUUGACUUCCUCCUUGAACUCGGCCCAAGCAAUGCUCUGGCAGGUCCCAUCGCCCAGAUUAAGAAAGCCCUUGGUAAGGAAAGCCAAUACACAUCGACACUGAAGCGUAAUGCGGACUCCACUCUGCCUAUGUACGAGGCUGCAGCGCGACUAUUCCUCGCAGGUCACCAGAGCGUGAGCUUGGCAAAGGUGAACUGUGUCAAUCCGCAAACGUCCAAAGUCAUCAUCGAUCUACCAAACUAUGCAUGGAACCACUCGACACGUUAUUGGCACGAAACUCGUGCGAGUCGAGAUUGGCGGUUCAAGAAGUUUAUCAAUCACGACCUUCUGGGCUCGAAGAUCAGCUCACUUGGAUGGAAUGCGCCUGUGUUCAAGAAUACCAUCAAACUCGCGCAUCUGCCGUGGCUGCGAGAUCACCGCCUGGGCACUGAUGUUGUGUUUCCGGCAACUGCCUACAUAGCCAUGGCGGUGGAGGCUGCGUAUCAGACGGCAAUGGUUACGAAAUGGAAGCACCAAGCCCCUCCUCAAUAUCGAUUCAAGCUUCGGGACGUCAAGCUUCUUCGUGCUCUUGUUUUGACCGAAGAGGUACAGACUACCAUUUCUUUGGCACUCUCGCCGCUCCGAGAGAGCUCAAAUGGAUCAUGGUACGAGUAUCGCAUGUGCUCGGAACAAGAAGGUGUCGAUGUGGACACUGUCCACUGUACUGGUAUGAUCUGUGUGGAAACAGGAUACACGACUACUUCCAAAGUUGUCGAGCCUUUGGAACUAAGUACAAGCGCACGACAAUGGUAUAAAAUUAUGGCCGACAUGGGCUACAACUUCGGAGCGUCCUUCCGGAAGCAUCUGAUGGUUGAAUCUACGAUGGGCCAGCUACAAAGCCGAUCGACAAUCGAUCUUCAGCCUCCUCCUUCUCAGCCCGAAGGUCAAUCAUGGUAUCCUCUUCACCCAGCCGUAUUAGACGGAUGCUUUCAAGCAACGACACCCGCGCUGUGGAGAGGUCACCUACCCCAGGCGGUAGAUCCAGCUCUCAUCCCCAAGGCUAUUGGUAGCAUGAUCAUCGAAUCCGGAAGUGCACACAAAUUGCGCAAGCUCGCAGAGGGUGUUGCAUACGCAUCUGCACAAUAUCUCGGUGCCGGAAACGUUGAUCAUGCUCGCAAUUACAGCACGAGUGUCGAGUUGCACGACCCUACCGACGGUUCCCUUCUAUUCAAGCUGCAGGGUCUCGAAUGGGCUGAGAUGGAGACUAGCGAUGAGGAAAAGAUCCCACAUCAAUUCAUGAAUGUCCGUUGGGACGCUGACAUCGAUCUGCUCAUGAGCAAGGAGCAAGCGCUGAGCAAGGCUUAUUUGAAUACCAAGACGGUACAGCAAAUCAUCGACCUGGUGGCUCACAAGAGCCCGUCCCUCAGUAUCUUAGAGGUCAACCUUAGCACACUCGAUGGCUCGAACUUGUGGAUGGAUGAAAGCGAAGCUGAGUCCGACAGAUCCAUUCGAGCGGCAAGUUCGCAGUACCAUUUCGCGGUUCGAGAUCCAAAGACUUUGAUUCAAGCGCAGGAAAAGUUCAAUUCUCGAAGCCCACAUCCGCAAUUUCAUCUGGUCAUGGACGCGACCAAACCUGCUUCCAUUACCGGGGCAGACAGCAUCGACUUGGCAAUCGUUAAUCCUGGCCAAGAAGACAAUGGUGAUCUUGCUCAAUUCCUUCAGGGCUUGGCCCUCUCUAUUAAGGACGGAGGCUAUUUGAUCUCUCAGCAGCUGCCGCAAGUCGAGUCUCUCGGAGAAACAAUUCACUUGGACAGUGGCGUAAGCAUCUGUCGUGUACAGAGACAGCCGAAGUCUGAGAUCUCGAUCGAGGCUGUUGAGGAGGCUCCUGUCAGAGUUGUUACCCGCGUCAGCCUACUGAACACUGCCGCCCAAGAUCUCAUUUCCGACAGUCUCGCAAAGCUGACCACAGACCUGGCAGCGGAGAAGUGGACGCUUUCAAGCAGUGCUCAGCCACUUGAGGACAUAACCUCCAGCACCAAUGUUGUAGUGGUUCUUGACGAAAUCUUUUCCUCGGUAAUGGACAACAUCGAUGCCGAGCAAUGGUCUCUGUUGAAACACCUCGCCGCAGUGCAGCGACCAAUGUUGUGGGUGACAAACCGAAACGCUGAUCCUACUCGAGCCGCUGCCGUGGGAUUCCUGGCCACGAUCCGUGCGGAGGAGCAAGUUCCUUUCUUUACACUUGACGUUGAAGCUAACUCCGGACGCGCGACGAUUGAUGCUAUUGCUGCCUGCUUGGAUCGGGUUUGGAAUCAGACAACCGCCAACAAAUUCGACCCCAAGAUAAGUAUCGAUUACGACUUCGUGGAGCGCGGAGGUGUCAUCUCCGUCAGCCGUGUCUACCAGGAUGGCGACCUUACUUUCAACCAGAGCAGCCAUGUCAGCGAAAGGAAGACUGAACUCAUUGAUAUUCACAAGAGCGAGCUUUUAAUCCAAGCGCGCUGUGAGAAGCUCGGUGAUUUGGAUUCGGUGCACUUUGGCGAAAUAGAUGCGAAAGUGUCGGCCUUACCCAAUGGCAUGGUCGAGGUGGAGAUCCAUGCUGCUGGAAUCGGCUACGAAGACUUGGCAUCUACAUUGGGUUCGGCACCCGGCGAUGAGACUGCACUAGGCUACGAAGCUGCGGGCGUUAUCAGCAAGAUAUCCGAGGGCGUGAGUGGGUUGGCAGUGGGUGAUCGUGUCAUGGUGUUCGAAAAAGGCUCUUUCACCAAUCGCGUUCGUGCACGUCCUGCUCGGAUCCGCCGCAUUCCCGAUGGAAUGGCAUUCGAGGAUGCAGCCACCAUUCCGUUGAACUACUUGACCGCGCUUCAUUCUCUCCUGGAUCACGCAAAUCUGACAAAGAACAAGAUUAUCCUCAUUCACUCUGCAGCGAGCGACGUGGGUACUGCUGCCGUGCAGAUUGCUCAAUCAAUCGGAGCAGAAGUAUACACGUCCGUCAGCACUACAGAGGAGAAAGAAUUCCUCAAGUCAGUACUCCAAGUUCCUGAGGGUCGUAUCUUCGACACUCGCGAUGCAAGCUUCGGCGAACUUAUCCUUGCCGCGAGCGAGGGCAACGGAAUGGAUGUGGUCUUGAACUCCUCUGUUGGGGCCACGCUAGACGAAUCAUUCCGAAUUCUCAACAAUGGUGGCAUCAUCCUUGAUAUCGGCAAGAAGGAUGUUUUGGAUCGCACCAAUCUACCCGUGUCUUCCUUCGACCGGAGCAGCUCAUUCAAGACCAUCGACUUCACUCCCGAGAGCGCAUCUGAUGCUCUGAUAUCUACCUUGAUGACUCGGUUGUUUGAAUUGAUCGACAACGGCUCGAUCAGACGCAUUGCCGCAGCGCACAGGUUCGGAUGGGAUGACAUUGCCGGCGCUCUUCGCUUCAUUCGGCAAGGAAAACACAUCGGCAGAGUCGUUCUGACACAGAAUGACGAGGUGAAACUUCCGGUCCGACGAGCUCCAAAGGCACUCAACCUUCGCGCUGACGGUUGCUAUUUCAUCGUCAGCAGUCUUCGCGGUCUUUGCGGUGGUCUCGCAAUCUAUCUUGCUCAACAAGGCGCCAAGCAUCUUGCGGUCAUGUCCCGCAGUGGCUAUGCUGACGAGAAAUCGAGAUAUGUGAUCAAACAGAUUAACGCAUUGGGCUGUCACAUCGAUCUCUUGAUAGCAGAUGUGACAGAUGCUGAAGCUGUCACCAACGCUAUGCAGAAGACGACUGCCCCCGUCGUCGGCAUCAUACAGGGUGCCAUGGUCCUUCGGGACCGACCCUUCGAAUCUAUGACCCUUACCGAAUAUCACGAAGCUUUGCAGUGCAAGAUCCGUGGCACAUGGAACCUGCACAACGCAGCGGAGUCUCUGCAGCUGAAGCUCGACUCUUUUACCAUGCUCUCAUCGCUGUCAGGCCUCAUCGGCCACGCAGCUCAAGCCAACUACGCGGCCGGAAAUGUCUUCUUAGAUGCAUUCGCCGCAUGGCGUCGUGACCGAGGACAGCCGGCCUGCUCUAUCGACCUGGGUAUUGGCGAGGAUGCCGGUGUCAUCGCCGAAAGCGCCAAAUUGCAAAGCUCGACGGAGAAGGGAAUGUUCCGCAGCCUUAACGACGGUCAAUUACGCAAGAUUCUCACCUUUGCGAUGCUGCGACAACAGGAUAUGCCAGCGGCGAACAACAAUACAGUGCUCCAUGGGUUGGGCUGGAGUCCAAUGGUCACGGGUUUGACCUUCCCACAACCCCUCGACUCCGUUCUCAAGGCCGACGCCCGAUUCUCUCCUCUUUUCAGCAACAAUGAAGGUUCCAAAAGCCUGGAACCAAGCGGCACGAACGCAAACGCCGACAUACAGGCAUUCUUCUUGCUGCUGCGGACUGCGACCGCGGAGCCCGCCGCGAGACUCAAAUCUCUCUGCGACGUAAUCAAUGGAUGCUUCAUGCGCAUCUUGCGACUUGCAGAGCCUAUGGAUCCUGAACGACCAAUCAGCGUCUACGGAACGGACUCUUUGGCCGCGGUUGAGGUGCGAAAUUGGAUCAGGACGGAAUUGGGCUGCUUGGUGACCACCUUGGAUAUCAUGAACGCCACGUCUCUGAGGGCAUUCUGUGAGAAGAUCCUCACGAAGCUCUCGGCAUCGGAGACUGCUAGCUGAAUUUGUAGUUGGACAUGUUAAUAGAAUUCGGAUAGUUUGAUAUUUGAUUUUAAUGCCAGCCAUG